AUGGCCUCUAUUGGCUUAGGCAAGAUUGGAUUAAAUGACGAUGAUGAGCUCUCAACUAUUAAUGUGCGUGAUUUUGGAGCUAUUGGAGAUGGAACUACAGAUGAUUCUCAGGCUUUUCUAAAAGCAUGGAAGAAAGCUUGUGGAAUUCGGGCAGGCUAUGUCAAUUUUAUAAUUGCAAGUGGGAAGACAUUCUUGUUGAAGCCUAUAAGGUUUGAAGGUCCAUGCAGAGCUUCUUAUAUAAAUAUUCAGGUUUUAGGGACAAUUACUGCCCCCAAAUCAAUAUAUGAAUGGGGAGGUCAAAGCGUGGACAAUUGGCUUAUUUUCUUCCGUAUCAAUGGGCUUAUAGUAAAUGGAAAGGGAACGAUCAAUGGCCAGGGGUCUAUUUGGUGGCAACAACUUCCUAAAAACAAUCUAUUCCAUCCAUUGGAUGGUGUUAGCAAUAAAGGACCCGAUGCAUUGAGUUUCGUUGGUUGCAAUAACCUGAAACUCGAUCAUUUGAAUCUUAUCAACAGCCCAAGGAGACAUGUAGUGAUAUUCAACAUCAAUGGUGCAACCAUUUCCAACCUCAACAUAAUAGCCCCUAAAGAAAGCCCUAACACAGACGGUAUAGACAUUGGCCAGUCAACCAAUAUCCAACUCCAUUACUGCAACAUUAAAACUGGUGACGAUUGUAUAGCUAUUGGUCCAAGCUCCUUCUAUAUUAAUAUUAGCAACAUAGCUUGCGGUCCUGGCCAUGGCAUAAGUGUUGGAAGCUUAGGAUUAAAUGGAAGGACUGACAAAGUGGAAGAAGUGCAAGUAAGAGAUUGUACUUUCACUGGAACUCAGAAUGGAGUAAGGAUCAAGACAUGGGAGGGAGGGUCUGGAUAUGCUAGGAAGAUAUUGUUCGAGGGGAUUACACUAAAUGCCGCUGAUAACCCCAUCAUCAUUGAUCAAUACUACUGUCCUAAUAACAUGUGCUCGAAACAACAUACUCGAAAGAUGUUGUUUCUUCAUAUUGUAUCAAUGCCCAUGGAAGAUUUAGCGAUUCUGUUCCGCCAGUAG